CAGGCGCUAGGUCGUCCUGGAUGCCUGAAAAGUGUACACCUUUUGGAUCGGGCUAAGCGUCGUGAUUUUCGGUCCAAAAUUACGGGCCAGCGACCGACACCAUCUCCGUCGUGUCGCUCGCGCAGACCUCUCAAUCUCGCCGUCCACCCACACCUCCGCCGCCCAGACCUCUAGAGAGACGCCGCUUCUCCGGGACCUCGCCCCAGGUCCGGCGCUCCAUUCUCGCCUCCAGCCGGGCCACCCCGACCUCGCUACCGUCCGGCGCUGUUGAGGCAGCCGGAGGAAGGCUGCUGAUGGUCGCCGCCGUCCGCGGGAUGCAUUGGUAGCACGACGCAGGUGAGACCAAUUCUUCCAUGUCCUGCACAGAUUUGCAGCUGCAGGAUUUUUGUUGCAACACGAACCAAUCUUGCAGGACAGCCAGCUCCCAAGAUGGCCAUGUGCUCAUUUUCCAAGCAACCUGAAGAAACAAGAUCAGAGAACUACAUAAGAGGAAAGGACUGUUCAGGCCCUCAUACAGGCCAGGAGGGAGCUGAACUGGAGGUGGCCAGGAGGUAGCCCAGCCCAGAAUAACCAUCCCAUGGAGCGGCCCUGGUAGCCCAGCCAAACUGAGGAACAGACUAAGUCGGCCUGCCUAAAACCCACGUCUGUAGCCGCCGGAGCUGAGCGCCGCCCCCAUUCCUCCGGCGCCGUCGCGAUGGCAUCCAUCCUGCCCUGGCUGCUCCUUCGCUGCCGACAGACUCUGCAGCCCUCCGCCACGGCUCUAUUCUACCUACGGUUCAUUGCCUCGCCUCUUCACAACGGUCCAACCACCAUCAGUCCCCCACGCCUCGGCGCACUGCCCGAGCGUUCCCGUGCGGCUGCUGGAUUCGCGACAGCUGCGCGGAUACAGUCCUCGGCGAGGCGCGGGAGCACGGCGGUGACGCUGGACACGGACGGCGGCUUCGCGCGCUUCUCGGUCGGAGACGAACUGCGCACGACGCAGCCGCAGGGGAAGAAGAAGAAGAAGAUGUCGAAGAAGUCCAAGGUGAACCAGCUCAAGUGGUUCCGCCUCAAGGCCAAGAAGAAGAUGAAGUCGCCCAACCCUGAGGUCCGGAUCAGAUACAAGCUCGACAAGGCGAAGAGGAAAGAGGAGUGGCUGAUCGAGAAGCUCCGGAAGUACGAGGCGCCCUGGAGGGGUCCGGCGCCGGUCCAUGACCCCGAGAUUCUGACCGAGGAGGAGAGGUUUUACCUCAAGCGAACCGGGGAGAAGAAAAAUAACUACGUCCCCGUCGGGAGGCGAGGGGUGUUCGGCGGCGUGGUCCUCAACAUGCACCUCCACUGGAAGAGGCACGAGACCAUGAAGGUGGUUUGCAAGCCCUGCCGGCCUGGCCAGGUGUACGAGUACGCCGAGGAGCUGGCCAGGCUCAGCAAGGGGACCGUCAUCGAUGUUAAACCGGAUAAUACGAUUAUCUUCUAUCGUGGGAAAAAUUAUGUGCAACCGAAGGUUAUGUCGCCUCCUGAUACUCUGUCCAAGCAGAAGGCCUUGGAGAAAUAUAGGUUUGAACAAUCUCUUGAACAUACCAGUAAAUUUAUUGAGCAACUGGAGAAGGAGCUUGAAGAUUACCAGAAGCAUGUUGAGUUAUUUAAGAAGCGUGAGGGGGCUAUUGCUGAGGAGAUCAGUGACGGAGACGCUGAUGUUGAUGAUCUCACAUCUAGCUCAGAUACUGAAUGAAUCGUCUUCUUGAUCAGUUGGCACCUUGGCGCAGAUCCUUUCACAAUGGAGAUUUGAUAUGAUCUUGCUACCCUAAAUUUCAGUGCAUCUGGUUUGCCACCAAACAUUCCCUAUUUUUUGGUAGACAGGUGUGGCAAGCAUUCGGUAGAGCCUCACCGCCUGUGACCGAGAGAUCCCAGGUUCGAGUCGCGGUCUCCUCACAUUGCACUUCAUGAGGGUAAGGCUUGCAACUAACACCUUCCCCAGACCCCGCACAGUGCGGGAGCUCUCAGCAUUGGGUACGUCCUUUUUUUUUUAGGUGUGGCAAGCAUUCGGUCUUCUCUAGCAUUGUACCCCACCUGUCAUAGACUGAGCUCUAAGAGUCGCACUGAGAGAUACUGAAGUUCAGAGUCAGCAGCAUUUGAACGCAACAUGAGCUUUGGAUGCUCAUAGCAGGCGAGAUGAGUUGCGUUUGCAUCUUUCAUCAGAAAUGAGCUUCCUUGGAUUGUCAGUUAUGAAAAUCAAAUUGCGUGUCUUCUGGAGAAGGAUCUGCUCAAAUAUAAACAUGUAAGAUUUACCUAGCUCUCAAUUAGAUCAUAGUAACAUAUGGAAUUUUGAUGCUUUUAGAUCGAAAUGUAGUAUUCUAAGAUUAUUAUUAGUUACUAAUAUAAAGUAAUAUUCUAGUC